UGCCAGAGUAAGUCACUGACCUACCUGAGCUGAAGCAGAUAAGAUCUUCAGUAGCAAGAACGGUGUCCAACGUUGUGCCAAUUGGCUGCCAGAGUCCAAACAGAGAGAAUAUUAACCAGGAUGGAUCUCCUUUCUUACUUCUCCGUGGAGACCUGGGCUCUUCUAAUCCUAUCCCUAGGUCUCUUGAUGCUAUAUGGCAUCUGGCCUUUCGGGGUCUUCAAAAAGUUGGGCAUACCAGGACCUAGACCCCUCCCUUUCAUCGGGACUGCUUUGGCCUAUCGCAAAGGACUCUUGGCGUUUGACAAAGCCUGUUUUAAGAAAUAUGGAAAAAUCUGGGGGUUUUACGAUGGCCGAACCCCAGUCUUGGCCAUCACCGAUCCAGCUGUCAUCAAAGCGGUCUUAGUGAAGGAGUGCUACUCGGUUUUCACCAAUCGGAGGAAAUUUGGCCCAACUGGCAAACUGGAAAGUGCCGUUUCCAUUGCUGAAGAUGAAAACUGGAAGAGGAUCCGCACCGUGCUCUCUCCAACCUUCACCAGUGGAAAGCUGAAGGAGAUGCUCCCUAUCAUCCAGCACUAUGCAAAAAGCCUCAUCAAAAACUUUGCAGAAAAAGCAGACAAAGGAGAGCCUGUGGACAUUAAAGAUGUCAUUGGACCCUACAGCAUGGACGUGGUCACCAGCAGCUCCUUUGGGGUCAACAUCGAUUCCAUGAACAACUCCCAGGAUCCUUUUGUCAAGCACGCCAAGAAACUUGUGAAGUUUAACUUUUUCUCUCCGUUAUUUAUUCUAAUGUACAUGGUUCCAUGGCUAACUCCUAUCCUGAACAAGAUGAAUGUCAGCUUAUUUUCCGCCGAGGCAGUCGAUUUUUUUGCACAAGCGGUAGCAAAAAUAAAGAAGCAGCGACAACAAGAAGCUGAAAAGGGCCGGGUGGAUUUCUUGGCACUGAUGAUCGAAUCCCAAAAAUCAGAGACCAAAUCCCAAAGUAAUGGCAUGAAUCAAACGUACAAAGCUUUGACCGAUGAAGAGAUUCUGGCCAAUGCCAUUAUCUUUAUCUUUGGGGGAUAUGAAGCCACCAGCAACGUCCUCUGCUACAUGCUGUAUGAGUUAGCCAGGCAUCCCGAUGUUCAGCAGAAACUGCAGGAUGAAAUUGAUGCCGCUCUGCCAAAUAAGGCUCCGCUUGCUUAUGAGGCCGUCAUGCAAAUGGAAUACCUUGAUAUGACGGUCAACGAACUCCUCCGCCUGUAUCCCAUUGGCGGGAGACUUGACCGGAUCUGCAAAAAGGAUGUUGAGAUAAAUGGGAUCACCAUUCCGAAAGGCGUUUCCGUGAUGAUCCCUCCACACGUCCUGCAUUUUGACCCAGACCUAUGGGAGCAACCUGAAGAAUUUAGACCUGAAAGGUUCAGUAAAGAGAACAAAGGCAGCAUAGACCCCUAUGUUUAUCUGCCGUUUGGAGCCGGUCCACGGAACUGCAUCGGGAUGCGAUUUGCACUUCUCGUCCUGAAGGCUGGUGCUGUGAGCUUGUUGCAGAAUUUCACCUUCAAGCCCUGCAAGGAAACACUGAUCCCCAUGGAGUUGUCUUCAACAGGACUGAUGAUUCCCAAAAAGCCCAUCAUCUUGAAAGCAAUCCCCAGAGCCAGCUCUUCACACUAGUGGAGGCUUUCGAGUUAUGUUUCUAAACAUUCCUUAGGGACCAUUAUUUCACCUGCGCCACCAGGAAAACAGCUGCCAUUGUGAACUGUUCUUUUGUACGUAAUGGUUGAGGCUAUAUUUGCAUAAAGUCCCAUAUCCCCUGCCGUGGGAAGGCACAAAUGUCUCUGGGAUUUUUCUUCCCUCAAAAGAAGAAGAAAAAGGAAGAGGACAGGAAACAACGAAUGUCUGCCUGUGCUCCCCACAUUUCUACUUUCUGGUGGCUUAAGUAAAAAGUCUAUUGUUCUGGUACAGCCGCACCAGGAGCUCCAGCUUAUCUUGCUAUUUGUUGAUUACUGCAUGUAUUUUAAAGUUCUAUGCUUUGCAGUUAAAUGGCUUUCCUUAGUUUGCAUUUAUUGGAUCUAUGACGUGUCAAUUAUCGUUAGGUUCCCUGGUCCCGCCCCCUUUUUGAGUUUUGGAGGGAAUAGGAGCCAUUUUGGGUCAGUCCACACAGAGAAGCCUUUCAUACAGGACAUAAAACCAGGAGCUCCUGUAGAAAGCUUUGUCUUCUACAGCUUGGCUGGGGAUAUACAGCCCCAUAGCUUGGCCAGAGAGAUGCAGUCUCAGCACAGCUCUUUUGCUGAGGAUUUUACAGCCUUUCAUCUCCUUUGCUGAGGGAAUCCGGUCCCACAGCACUUCAGCUAGAAACCUGAACACCUUCCUUUCCCCUGGAAGUCUACAAAGCUCUGCUUGGUAAGGGUCACUUGCGGAAGUCAGAAGCAGUUGGUACCGGGUGUAGAGGCAAAGACAGACUGCCCAGAUAAGAAGUUAAGGAUUUCCCCAUGAGUUAAAAUACAGUUAUGAAGAUAGUGCCUGUUCCCUGUGGAUGAGAUUGAGAGAGAGCCAAUAGACUGUUAAGAAAGCCUUGAAGUACCUGUUUGAUUUCAAUAAUAAAGAACUUUGUUUAAGCAA